GAAUCAGACACGUGAGGCGGUCAACGUUGAAAUAAGUCGAGAUGUGCAUCUUGGUUCAGGUCCUAUUAAAAACACUCCAUCGACUGGUAAUUCUAUCGAACGAAAGAGGCAAAGGGAUAGAGAAAGGCGUGCAACAAUGUCGGCUGAACAAAGGAAUGAGUACAAUAACAAGCGUCGUCAAAUGCGUCAACGAAAUAAGGGACAAAAUGUGAUGCCAGCUAUUUCAGGAGAUGGCGACAAAAAAGUAAAUGUGGAUCCAGAUGAUGAUAGCGACUGGCUGCAUCGGAACGAGACAUUCCAGUCAAAUGACUAUGUCGCAACGAUAGACCUUCUGCCACCAGGCAGUGUGCAUGAAUCUGUUGGUACCAUUGGGGAAUCGGGUAUCGGCGUGAGGGAGUAUAGGCUUGAACGCCUUAGGUUGUAUAAUCAGACACCAAAGCGGAAAGAGGCAAAGAUAGAGUACAUGAGAAAACGUAGAGUGCUACAGGCUGACACUUUGAAUGUUGUGUCCAUCGCCAUGGAAGACCCAACAUAUACCCCUGAGGUUGUGCACCCUGCAACGGAACCUUCAACAGUUACCGCCUGUGACUGGGUCAUCCCUGAAUUCGUUAGGACACCUUUCCUACCAGCUCAAACACAGACCGAGGAUGUCGGUUCAUUUGAUAUGUCUACUGAAGCAAUAAAACGUAAACAUCAUGUGCCGCGUGGGGAAAGACAAGCUAUCUUAGCCCGUCGAAACCAGCAAUUUCAAGCAUCCAUUGCACGGAACGUGACUACUUUGAAUGGGGAUACUAUCGGUGACGCCAACAACAAUGCACAAUGUAGCGUUCCAUGCCAAGCCGCUACCUUGCCAACAAAUGGAAGUGAAGGCAUAACCGAACAAGCAAGUGGGGUGGAGCAUACACAAGAGAAGCCAAGGGUCAUUUCCAAUGAUGAUGAUGAUGAGGCUGUCAUAUUCGGAGAAGAUGACGACGACGACGAGAGAUACAUAUUCGCUGGCCAAUAUGAGGAGACUGACGAGGACAUUAAAAUCGAUGGUACUCAAGAUGAAUCUACUGGCACUGAUGUGCCUGACCCGUACGACAAGAGUAUUCAGCUACUAUGGUGGUGUACUGAAGAUUACUUCUCUACUAAAAGCUGCUGUUGCUCAGCUCAAAAACUUGAACUGUUUGCUGGCUGCAGAAGACCAAUCUGCAGAUGAAGCAGUGAAAAAUUCUAGGGUGAUGCUAAAUAUACUUGUAUGCAUAAUCACCAUAAUUUCAAACUUCAUGAAGUUGGACAUAACUGUUGGAAGGAUUCCCCAUAUUACCGAUACCACAAAGCAUACCCCAUCAUGCAACUAUUUGGCUGCAGUCACGUCUAGCUCUCCUGAUAGAACCAUUUCUAAUACACUUCGACAUUGGCAGCAGAAAGCAAAUGUUCUUGUGAUGGAAGCCAGAUGUGUCAACUGGUUAGUAGAAAAUAAUAAACGGUGCCAAGGUCAGCAAUUGGAUAUGUCUUUAUUUUUGUGAAGAUUUAUCAAGGAAGAUAUUAAGGAGUUUUGCUUUAAGCUGGCCGAAAUUUCUCGUAUUACUAUAUUGGUAAUAUGCAUUUUCAUUAUACAUUUUUACUGGCUCUAGGUCCAUACUGUCUUGUGCCCCUUUUUACUUUAAUUUCAGGACUUUGCCAAUUUGAAGCCCCCAAUAUUCAUUGCACGUCCAGAUCGAGUUGAAGAUGGUAUACGUAAGUGCUAUCAGGAAGCGAAAAAUAAGCCGAGGGAUCAAAAGAUUGAUUUACUGCUUGCUAUACUACUAGAUCGAAAUGACAGUUUAUAUGGUAGUGUCUAUGGUGUAAGACAUAAUUUCUUCACUUCUAUUAUAUGUAUGUGAUUCAUGAUAUCACUUCAAAGCACAGAAAAUAUUAAAAGGACCUGUGAGACAGAUAUUGGUCUUGUGUCGCAGUGUUACUUUCA